AUGCUCGCCAAGCUAAGCAUCAUCGGCACCCUGUGCCUGGCCCUUGCCGCCGCCAAGCCCCUCGACAUGGCCGACACCAUCACCACCGUCGCGGCGCCCACGCCCACCGGCGACAACUACGACCCCUCGGACCUCGACCCUGCCAACCGCGCGCCCGUCACGCCCGUGCCCAGCAUCGUGCCCGAGGAGGAGGCCCGCAAGAGCUUGUCCCUCGGCACCGCCGUCGGAGGUGCCCUGGACCUGCCGCCCGCGCCGACCGCCGGGCCCGAGGCCAUGGCUGUCGCGGCGGCGGCCAACAACGCGUACAUUACCAUUGUCAACAAACACAACGCGGCCAUCACCACGGUGCACGUCAAUGGCGAGGGCCCUGCGCCCAAGGGCAACGUCGGCGCCGGCAAGCUGAACAAGGGCCAGCACGGCAUCUUUACAGUCGCUCAUGGCUGGAGCGGCCAUGUCGCUCUCAACGUGGCCGGAAAGUCUGCGACUACCGGCGACGAGUCUCUGAUUGAAGGCAGCUUCAAGAACCAGGGCCACGGUUUCAUUGGCGACAUCAACGUCAGCUACGUUGAUGGAUUCAGCGUUCCUGUUCUCUGCUGGUGCAACCAGAACAAGAAGACGGCCGGCUGCUCCAAGAACCUCUUUGCCCUCGGCCACUGCGGUACCCCCAACGGCCAAGGCUCGUGCAAGAACCCCAACCGUGGCAAGGGUGGCGUCAGAUCGCCCGCCCCCUUCUUCAAGCCUUGCUUCUACCCGGGCGGCGCUUACACCUUUGACAAUGACAGCGCGGCCAACAGCCUCAACGGCCGCUGCCCCAACGAGCACUACACUUGCUGCGUUGGUAACGGCUGCCACGCCUAA